AUGAGCACCGCGGCGCGGACGACGACGGGGCGGCGGGGGUUCACGGUGGGGCGCAGCGAGGACGCGACGCAUCCGGACACCAUCCGCGCCGCCAUCUCUGAGUUCUUCGCCACCGCCAUCUUCGUCUUUGCGGCCGAGGGCUCCAUCCUCUCCCUCGGGAAGCUGUACCAUGACAUGAGCACGGCGGGCGGGCUGGUGGCGGUGGCGCUCGCGCACGCGCUGGCGCUGGCCGUGGCGGUGUCGGUCGCCGUCAACAUCUCCGGGGGGCACGUCAACCCGGCUAUCACCUUCGGCGCGCUACUUGGCGGCCGCAUCACCCUCAUCCGCGCCCUCUUCUACUGGAUAGCGCAGCUCCUCGGCGCCAUCGUCGCGUCCCUACUGCUCCGCCUCACCACCGGAGGCAUGCGGCCGCCCGGUUUCUCGCUGGCGUCGGGGGUGGGCGACUGGCACGCGGUGCUGCUGGAGGCGAUCAUGACGUUCGGCCUGAUGUACGCCUACUACGCGACGGUGAUCGACCCCAAGAGGGGCCACGUGGGCACCAUCGGGCCGCUCGCCGUGGGGUUCCUGCUCGGGGCUAACAUGCUCGCCGGCGGGCCGUUCGACGGCGCAGCCAUGAACCCCGCGCGGGUGUUCGGGCCGGCGCUCGUCGGCUGGCGCUGGAGCCACCACUGGGUCUACUGGCUCGGCCCCUUCCUCGGCUCGGGCUUGGCCGGCCUCCUCUACGAGUACCUCGUCAUCCCGUCCACCGAGGCCGCCGCCCACGGCCACGCCCACGCCCACCAGCCGCUCGCGCCCGAGGACUACUAG